GUAUAAGAACCCCAUUACCACUUAUUAUUUACGUUUUUUUCCUAUUCCCUUCUCCCAUUUGAACCCUCUCGUCAGAGUGAUUAUUUUUCAUCAUGUCUCGAGUAUUGGAAGGCCGAUUUGGCAUUGUUACCGGUGGAUCGCGGGGAAUUGGUGAAGCUAUCGCCAGGAACCUCGCCUCCAAAGGCUGCAAUCUCCUUCUCAACUUCACAUCUGAAUCCUCCCGUGCUCGGACCGAAUCGCUCUGCAGUACUCUGUCGUCUGAACACUCCAUCCGCUGCGUCUCUGUGCAGGCCGAUCUUGCUAAGCCCGAGGAGGCUGUCGCUACGAUCCUCUCGUCCGCAAAGGAGCAUUUCACUUCCUCGUCUGGGAAAUUUCAGGUCGAUAUUCUGGUCAACAACGCUGGCGUCUCCGCAGACCGUUUCCUCAACGAUGAGACCAAGGGCCCCAUGGACGCCGAGUACUUCAACUGGCACUACACGAUCAACGUGCUCGCCCCGCUCCUCUUGACACAGGCCUGCAUGCCCUUCCUGCCGGAUGAUCGUACGGGUCGCAUCGUCAACAUCUCGUCCGUGUCGUCGAGCUUGGGCUUCACCGGACAGUCCGUCUACGGCGGCACUAAGGCGGCCCUGGAGGCGAUGACUCGAACCUGGGCGCGCGAAUUGUCCGACCGCGCCACUGUGAACGCUGUGAACCCGGGCCCUGUUAUUGGGGAUAUGUACUUUGCCACGGGCGAGGACUUCUGGAAGCAGAUGCAAGGGUUCCAAGAUAAUACUCCGCUCAGCAAGAUGAUGCUGGGGAAGGACGCGCAGCUGGACCAGUUGACCGACGAGCAGAAGCGGUUGAUCAUGGAAAAGAUGGGUGGUCGCCGACCCGCGUUCACGGCGGAGAUUGCAGGUGUGGUCGGGAUGCUGUGCACGCCGGACGGAGCAUGGUGUACGGGAAGUGUGGUGUGCGCGAAUGGAGGGUUACGUAUGACCCCUUAGACAUGAGGGUUACUUUGGAAAUUGC